AUGCAUGUAGAGAACGUCUGGGCAGACAUUAAGGUAAUUACAAGACACCCAAUUUCACCUGAUCCCCAAUUUAAAACUCGUGUUCAUUUUCCAUUCCAUAGUCCAUUUGUGUUCAUAUGUGUAUUAUUACUGUUCUCAACCCAUCGUCACUUGAUACCCAUUUUGAGUUACGAAGAUAAUGCGAAUUCUAGUGUGGUUUUGGAGAAAUGUGUUGGCUCUUUGGUUGGUGGUCAGGUUUCAAAGGGGGGUUCAGAAGGCGUUUCAGAUUUAAAAGCUAGAAUACCCAAUUUUGUUGAGGACAGAGGUGCGUAUGUUCCCAAAACGGGUUUUGGUUUGGAUUGUGUGGGAAUUGGACAAGUUGAGUUCAGGCUUGAUGAUUGUGUUUUAUUGCACUCUUACUUGGUUCCAGUGGUGUCAUUUGUUAGGAUGGAUGCUCCUUUACAUUGCUUUUCACGAGUUGAGGGUGGAGCUUUGCUUGGUUUCUUGAAAUCCCAAUUAAGUUUUCAGCUUGUGGGUGUGGAAUCCGAUGAGGAGGUGCUAAGGGUUUGUAGGCAGUAUUUUGGACUGGAAGAUGGUGAGCACAUCGAAGUUUGUGUUGGAAAUGCAUUAAAAGUUAUUGAUAAACUUGCUGGUGCUUGUGAGGUAGAAAAUGGUAGGGAUGGUCUAAUUGCUCCGCCAUUGGAGUUUGUUUGGAAGCAUUUUCUUUUGUCCAUUAGAUCAGUUCUUUGUGAUAAUGGAAUCCUUUCUGUAAGUGUCGUUCCUCCAAAUACCUCAUUUUGCAAGACAUUGAUUCAUGAGUUUCAAGAAGUUUUUAAUGAGUUGUUUGAAAUAGAUGUGGGAAAUGGGGAAAAUUUUAUUCUUAUUGCUGUGGCAUCGCCUCUCAUGCCUUCUUGUGAUUGUGAGAACUGUUUCCUCAACAAACCAGGAAUGGCUAUAUCAGGGGCAUACUUGAAUUCCAUAAAGAACAUCUUUCAGGUUGUGGGUGUGGAAGCUGAUGAGGAAGUGCUAAGGGUUUCUAGGCGGUAUUUUGGGCUAGAAGAUGGAGAGCAUAUCAAAAUUUGUGUUGGAGAUGUAUUAAAAGUUUUUGAUAGACUUGCUGGUGCCUGCGAGGUAGAGGUUGGUCGUGACAUGGGCAGUGCCAAUGAUGUUGAUACUAAAUUUGAUGUGAUUAUGGUUGAUUUGGAUUCAACUGAUGCUAGGGAUGGUCUAAUUGCUCCGCCAUUGGAGUUUGCUAGGAAGCAUGUCCUUUUGUCAGCCAGAUCAAUUCUCUCUGAUAAUGGAAUCCUAGCUAUAAAUGUGAUUCCUCCAAAUACAUCAAUUUACAAGACAUUGAUCCAUGAGUUUCGAGAUGUUUUUUAUGAGUUAUACGAAAUAGAUGUGGGAAAUGGGGAAUAUUUUAUUCUUGUUGCUGUGGCAUCUCCUCUCAUGCCUUCUAGUGAUUGUGACAACUGUUUCCUCAACAAACUUGGAAAAGCUAUAUCUGGGGUAUACUUGAAUUCCAUAAAGAAUAUCUAAGCUUUAAUCCUAUCUUUGUUAAAGGGAAUAGCUAUCGGUAGGGGGAAGACAUAGAAGGAACCAUUCUUUCUUAUGUUGGGAUCUGAUCUUUCAAAUCUGUUUUCGGGUAACUGAUUGACUGGAAUAGGAUGCUGGACAGGUCAUUUGGGGAAAUUGAUAAAUAAGUGAGUAGUGAACUAGUGAUGAGCCAGGAAGAUUUGGACAGUAGCAUUAAUGGCUAUAUCGAAUGUGGAGCUGACCAAGUAAAUGGACUAUUUUUGCAUUGUCAAGUGGCCAGAAGAUAAGAGGCUGAUGGAAAAUUGGAUGAAGAAUUCAGUGGUUAUGAGGCUGGAACAAUGAUUUGGGCCGCAGCAGAGUUACUGACAUUGAAUGUGGAGGCAGUCACAGAUUGAUAGCAGAUGGGGGAAUUAGGGAGUAAGGACAAUUGUCAAGGACUGGACUCAUUUUCUUCUUCUGUAAAGGUCACAAGGUAACAAAUUAACUUUGUUUCUCUUUUGUGUUUGCUCUAUUUAAUUGGUAAUUUAUCAAAUAGAUAGUAUAUAAUAGUGGGUCUCAAAUUUAUAGAAGACCUGAAACUGAUCUUGUUCUUGAAAAGAACACAAAGAAUACCAGAAGGGAAAAGGGCGAGGGGUGGCGACAGAGAGAGAUAGAGUAAAGAACUAAAGGAGAAAUAUUAAAGCUCCAGCAACACAUCUGGUAUAUCACAAUUUCAUGAAUCAUGGGUUCUUGUGAGUGCUUCUUACAUUAAGAAAAAGAAAAAAGAUUAAUUGUUUCUGCAUGUAUGAUACUCAUUACCUAAGCACCAUUUAGUAAGAUUUGUAAUGUCGUUGAUAAGUUCUAUGGUCAAGUCCCACAAACUCUUUGUUGUGCUCGUUAUUGAUGCACUUUUUUUUUUCUUAAUAAAUAUGGCUGUUGUGUUUGAUCGUUAUUUAUAGGAAUACUAAUUGAACCAUGACUUAGAAGUUAUAAUAAUUUUGAAUCUCUGAACUACCAUUUGUUUAGCUAGUCUUUAUUGAGUCUGUCUUUAUUCCAAUCUUUCUGCAUUUUGGAAUAGUAGAAGUACUAGUCUAAGUCUAAGUCUAUUACAAGGCAUGAACGAAUGAUAAUGCACAUGCUUCUUUAAAAUUAGAAAGAUAUGGUAAUGCAUAUGCUUCUUUUGUUUGAAUAAUUGUUGAAGAACAAGUUUAUAAUAAUUUUGGAUAUCUGAACUACCAUUCAAUUGGCAAAAAUUUAUUGUCUGUGACACAUUUUACAAUUUUUCUAGGUUUUGGAAUAGUAAUAGUACAAGUCUUGCUCUAACUCUAUACUGGGCAUGAAGGAUGAUAAUGCAUAUGCUUCUCUAGAAUUAGAAACAUAUAUUGAAGUUUUGGAGUCCUGGUUGCUGUUGUAUCUGAUAUUUUGCUGGUUUGUUAAUUAUAGCUUGUGGAUAUCUUGUGCACCGUUCUGUGCAUUCUCUUUUUCAAUGACUUGUUUGUUAUAACAAAAAUUAGAAACAUAAAUGAGAGAAAAAUAUUAAAGGAAAUGUGUGGGGAAAAUCAGCUUUCUUGCAUCUAGUUCUCGGCCUGUUUACUUUUCUCAUCAUCAUCAUCAGAAGCAUCAAGAGCAUUGCCUAAGGACCGCUUGGAACAGAUGCUUCCCAAGAAGCUACCUACUCCUUAUUCAGCUCCCUCCGAAGGCACAAAUUCUGCAACAAAGUCUUCUUCCAAAGCCUUCGAAGCUCGUAGGAACCUCCCUUCAUUAGAUGGAAAGGUCUAGAAACAGUUUUAUAUAUGAAGAGUUUAGUUUCAAUUCUAUCUCUAACUGCAAAAAAAAAUGCAAUCCGCGGCACUGUGCUGAUCAAACGGAAGCAUGCAGAGAUUUUAAAUCAGCUUAUGCACCGAACCAUACCCUUGUAGAUUUCUUUUGACUUUAGUCUGCUGGUACAGCCUCUUGUAAAGAUAGGAAAGUAGAUUCAUUAUUGGACAGGCUGAAUUAGCAAUCAUAUUUUGGGACAGUUGCGAGAUAUGGAGCUUCUUUUAUUUUGAAAUAGGCAUUGCUCAUGGCCAUAUAAUCAUAUAUCACUUAAAUUAUUUUCUUUUUA